GGCCUGUGCUUGUGCUGUGCAUAGCGAACCGUUUUUAUUUCAUACGGCCGCAGAGAGUCUCAGCAAUAACAACAGCAACAACAAGAACGAACGAAACGAACGAACAUACGGCAAACACCUGAAACCGAAAAGGAAAAAAAAAAUACAGUGCACAAGUGUUACUCAGCGACCAAGCACGCGUGUAAAAAUGUCGCCUCGCCAGCAACAACAAUAGCAACAACCACAGCAAAAGCAACGAGAAUAGCACACAAAAACAAUUGAAUAACUGAACGCGACGGGCGUCAUAAACUAAAACAGAGCAAUUCAUUUAAAGGAGUCCCACAACAACCAAACAAACGUGCAAGCAAAACGUGAACGCACUGCGCUCUCUUCGUGUGCUCUCUGAGAGCGAAUUAGAGAGAAAGAGUGAGAGUGAGAGAGGAUAGCAACAGCGCAAUUGGCUUUCCAGCAGCUUGAGCUUUCAUUUUGAGGACGCUGCGCAGCUGUCGAGACGUCAGAGAAAGAGAGUGGGAAGGAAAGUUAAAUAUUGAAACUGCACAUUUUGUGCAAUCGCGCACAGCAGCCAUGGCCACGACAGCAACAGCAGCAACCACAAAAAAGGGCAUCAACAACAAUAAAGGGGACAAAACCAAAUCUCGUCGCAAUGAACGCAACAUUUUGACCUUCUACGAGAAGAUUGCCGUGAUACGUUACUACGAUGAGACGAAUAUCUCACGGAAUAGUUUGGCCAAGAUGUUCCACUGUUGCGCUACCCAAAUACGCCGCAUUCUGGAGAAGAAGCGAGAGUUGUUGCAACAACUGGCCACUCUAAGCGAAGCGGAUGCUUCGAUCAUCAUUGAGGAGAUGACGCGCAAGCGUCGCAAGUUUGAGAUGAGCGCCAUUAGUUUCUUGUUGCACGAAUGGGUGGAACGUUGUCGCCAGUUGCGACUUGGCGUCAGCAUCAGGAAUCAUACGCUUAAGGAGACGGCACUCAAAAUGGCAGCUGUUCUCAAUUUGCCAGCAUUUCGACCAUCUUAUCGCUGGCUGAAUCGCUUUCGUGGCAAAUACAAGUACGAGGACGAUGACUUGGGCUACAUGGGACCGAAUCCAGUGUCCAGCACGCUGCCCGUGGAGCAGAUUAUUGUAGAAUUUAAACAAUCGCUACCCAACUUUAUGCAAAAGGAACUGGCGGAUACCACAGACAUUGAUGGGAAUACGAAGCUAAAGAUCACAGCGCCUACGCCGGAUUUUGUUAAUUUGUCGAGCGAAAAUAGCGAAAUCUCUGAUGACGACGACGGAGUUGAAUUGGUCACCUGUGAGCCAAGUGUGCUUCACUCCCCUGCCAGCACAUCGGAUGGCGAAGACGAAGUGCCUCAACCUCAGCCGCCACAGCAGCCCGCUCAAGAUGCGGCCUCGACUAGUCUACUUUUAAAUGCCGGCACUUGUUCGCUGCUGAGCAGCGUUUUUCCCCACUUGGCCAUCAUACAUCAGUUUGCGCUCAUGAACUCCGAUGUGCAGGCACUGGAGCUGAUCUCGCAGCUGGGCGUUCACAUGCAACAGCAAGCCACCUCGGGCGCUUAUCGCGCUUCCCUAACUAUGGCGCCAAGUGGCGACGAGCACAAUGCUAUCGGACUGCCAAUGGAGCUGCCGCCGGGAAGCAUCUUUGCAGACAUUGAUGAUAUAGAGUUGAUAGAAUAAGCUAAUGUACAAUGCUAAGAUGCUAGGCUACAAGUUACUAAGUUACAGUUGCAUGUAGUCGACUUAAGAUACCCGCUAAACAUUUAUGAAGAAUAGAUAACUAUUAAGAGUG